AUGUUAUUAAUCACUUUUGUGUGAAGUCUACCACACCGGAGGUCGUCGUCGUCGUCGUCGUCGUCGUCGUGCGCUUGGCUUCAAUUCGCUGAACCCGUUUCGAACGUCAAACUUAGUUGGCCGCGAGUUCGAAAGUAGUCCGCGGCGCGGGUCUCUCUACACUCCAUCUCUGUCACGUAUUCGACGGAUCAGCGCGACCGCUGCUGCUGGAUAAUAUGCAAUGAGCACAUGCUAUGGUACAGGCGCUAAUCCUUUGUGGUGGCGCAAUAGACAAUACGGUCCCAACGAUUGUCUUUUGAUUUCCUGCCCAUAGGCAACGUGUGUAUGUGAUAAAUUGUAUGUAUGACCACACUUCCCCUUUGCGGAGCAAUUGGAGUUGAUUUGAGCUGAUAGUUUUUAUUGUCGUUAACAAAUGGCAGUUGAUCGUUGAGUUCGUUCUGUUGAAUCCAAUUAUUGUCAUGCAUCAAUUCAAAGCCGACCGCAGUGAAUUGAGUAUGGUUAUGAAUGAAUUAAGUGCAAAUCAUUACCGUUCGUUAUCUUGCGGCAAUAAAACACAGAAAAUUAUGGCAGUAGCAAUUGCUCGGAGAAAAUAAAAAGUAGACACAAACGGAUUAAUUUACAUAACUUCAACUAAAUGUGGAUUUAUUGCAUCUAAAUGGAUAUAAAUCUAGCUCAGGGGAUUAUAAUUUAGUGAUUUAUGUAGUUUUUAUUCCAUGUUUUGCUUUGUUUCCGACGACCCCACUAUAGCACGCUGUGGAUACCGACCUGAAUACAACAAUGAGAAAACCAACGGAAUCCAGUGAAAAAUAUUACCUUCUGCAGUGUGAAUAAAAUUAUGACCGUGAUUACUGCUGUGAAUAAAUUUAUGUAUUUUUCCUCAUGCUAGAGCGCGCAGUGAUUUUAUUGUCCGGCUACAUAUCAUCGUGCUGUUGAAAAUAUAGGAUCGUCAAAUUACCUCGUCUAAUUCAUCAAGCGGUGUGCAAUUAUAUACCUACAGAAAUAUACAUCUGAAGCACAAUGCCAUAAAACGGAGUGAAAGCGAAAGUGACAAAUACAAACAAUGAGAAGCAGCAAAAGCCGGGUUUAUUAUAACGUGGUUGAGGGCUAUUACUUCAACUAUUCUGUGGUGUCGUGUUUACACUUGGAUUUUCUGAUAAGCGGAUUAGCAAUAAUUAUAUUUUAACAACAGCCGUCGGGAAACAAACAGUAUAGUACCCCGAAGACUAGCAGGCACACGGUAGUACAGCAUCUGGAAAGUGCUCCACGUAGUCACGAGACCGAUGAAUUUAGUGCUACACGUAGCCCAGAGAACGCUAAGCAACGGUUGAUCCAACCAAUAAAAUGUUGACAUCCAAUAAUCAAUACAUACGGCCGGAAUAUUUGUCGCCUCUGCCAAAUUCGUUCGAUUCGAAAACAAGUCCAUUGGCAUUGUUGGCACAAACAUGCAGCGCCAUCGGUUCCGAUUCACCCAAUCCAAAGUUACUGGCCAACAUUGAAAAGAGUACAAAAAGCAGCCGAGACAAGCUAUCUCCCGGCACAUUGUCGAACAGCUCCAACGAUACUCCUAAGUCCAGUUUUAAGCCAUACGACUCAGCCAAUGCAGUACGUGAUAGCACCAAAUCGCCGGACGAUGGCCGACAGGUUGGCAGCCGCAACAAAUCACCAAAGCAGCCAAACUCGUUCCACCAACCACCGGAAAUCAACCGCUGUGAAUCAAACCAAAGUGCUGCUUCAUGUCGAAUUUCACCUUCAGGGUCGAACCAAAGAUCCCCUGGCCAUUCGCAGUCACAACAAGAACGUAUCAGUAGUCCAAACUGUGCCUCAUCCAAAGAUUCACCGAGCACUAAUGAUCGACUGAAUGGAACGGCAGAUUCUGUAACGUCUAAAGCCACCACAGAGCUAUCCUCUAGGUAUUCUAACAACACCAGUAGCGAUUCUCCGUUAAGAGCAACAUCGUCAGCUCCUUCGUUAGUGUCGAUUGGGCCACCAUUUUAUUCUGGAUACGGGAGUUAUCCAAUGGAUUUAAUGGCCACCAGUGCAUUAUUGUCUCCGCACCAUCAAAUGUUGAAGGCUGCGGUAAUGAAUCCCUACUUUAACUAUGCCAAAAUGAAAUCGCCGGAUUCGUUGAUGCCGGUAUGUCGUGAUCCGUAUUGUACUGGUUGUGCCUUAAGCUCUCAUAUGCUAGGAAAGCUUGGACCGUCAAGCUGUCCAGCAGGUUGCACUCAAUGUGAUCAUCCCGGUAGUAAAAACUACGCAUCUGCUGCCGCUUCACUAGCUGCCAGCCAGUCUUCUGCUGCCAUGUACGCACACGCACAGCUGGCAGCACUGGCAGCUGCAUCUCAAUUGCCUUACGUUUGCAAUUGGAUUGGUAGUGACUCAUCCUAUUGCGGCAAACGGUUUGCAGCCUCCGAAGAAUUAUUUCAACACCUUCGAACGCAACAUACUGCAGCAGCCUCGAUGACAGAAGCCCUACUAAACCCGGCCACUGCAGCCGCAGCAGCAGCUGGACUACCGCCAACACACCCGCUAUUUCAAAGGUCCUAUCCUGUUCCCCAGCUAAGUCCAUUAUCCUCCGCGCGCUAUCAUCCUUAUGGGAAACCAGCGUUUCUCCCUCCAGGAAUGUCACCAGCUGCGAUAGCUAGUUUACCAAUUCCACCACAGUAUUUCCAUCCUUAUCCAUUCUAUGGAGCGCGGUUAAACGGGUCAAAUAAUAUGCACCAAUGAGAACUGAAAACAGAUCCUUUGAAAACACAGUUGCUAGUAGGUUUGUACAUAGUCUAUCGUUUCUGGAAUAUGUUAUUUGUCGAAUGGAUAAAACUUUUAACGUUAAACGAAACAAAAUGAAACUUUGUCAGCAUUCUAGGAACUCUAUUGCAAUAUU